UAUAGCAACAAAACUCUAUGCCCAUUUGAAACUCAAAGCAGUCAAAACAGAGCUGCUCAGUAGAUCUGGGGAGUGGAGACCCCAGUGACCAACAGGAGAGCCCCCUCCCAGUACCAUGAGACCUUAGCGCUCAGAGGAGCCCAGUGAGAACACUUCUCCAGGCCAUUUGAAUCUCGGGUUUGCAAAGAAAAGGGAUUUGCAUUUAGACCCCUCACAUUAUUCCUAAAUUUAUCCCUCGUUCUUUCCCCUCCCCUGAGAGAGAGCCCUGAAAAUCUUCAGGAACUCAAUAGUCAAGACAAGUCCUUGAGCAGAGAACUGAUGAUCAAGGUUAACAAGCAGAGGGAUCUGUUCUGCCCAUGAGCAGGUGGGGUGCCGUUUGUGGGCAGGAGGCCCUGGUCAUGAGACACAAUGGUGUUGGCUGGGCUGUUCCAGGAGGAGUUGCCGAGCUGGCGCCAUCAACAGGUCUCUGGCUUCCAUGAGGGGCCCUUCACGUUUGCCCCCCCAGAGAGCAACCCCCAGAGAGUGCAGGAGAAGCAGCAGCAGCAGCAGGGUGUCUUCCCCUAUCUUGGCAAUCUGCUCAGUGACCUGCUGAUGCUGCACCUGGCGAUGGGUGACUAUCUCGAGGGGAAUGAGAUCAACCUUGAGAAGAGGACUGAGGAGCAGCUGUGGCACUCCCUGCAGGGGAGGAGAAGGAGGUGGAAAUCAGAGACCUUCUGGGCAGAACAGUGCCUGGCUUCACCUCCUGUAUCUUACAUUGUGUGGAAGAGUUUGAUAACAGAGCAGUGGGAGACCCAUCCAAUUGGCGGGUGGGUUGAGGGGAGGAUGGCAUCAAGGAUAUCUUCCUGGAGGAGGGGCUGAUUAUUCCCAUUCUGAGAACUGGUAGAUCCUGGAUGGAACUGGAGGGAAGGAUGGUUUCCAGGACUGGUCCCCUGCCCCACUCCUCACCUCCAACAAGGCCCCUGCAGCAUCCCCCACCCAGGCCCUGUGUGCAUCCUCUCCUUCCCUCUGGUCCCAGGAAUACCGAGUCAUGAGGAAGAUCCUGCUGCUCCAGGAGGCUGCCAAGAAUUACAACCUAGAACCCGAGGGAGCGAUUUGCGGCCUGGUUCCAAGACAUGGAGUUGCUCAACGAGA